GGUCCACUCUGUCUCUCUCUCUCUCUCUCUCUCUACGAAGGAACUAAAUCUCUCUCUAGAUUGUUUUCCUUCCGGGGCUUGAUAAUGGCGAAUCCAGCGCAAUCAAAGGGAUGGCUUAAGAACUUUUCGUCGAUAGCUUCAUGGGUUUACUUCUUCUUGAUCAUCCUCCAGAUCCCUCUCUUCAGGGUACCAUGUAGAUCUGGAAUGUGUAUGUCACCGAUCCAUGUGACAUCCUCUCAGUUGAUUUCAAGUGACAUCUUUCCUGUUCCGGUUAUCAAGGCUCUCUUAUACCCUGGUGCUAUUGUCCAUGGUCUCGCCACUGACAUGACGUUUCCAAAGUGGGAGAAUGUGUUAGAUAUUUACAAUCUCACCAAUGUCAAAGAAGCAUCUGCAGUUCCCGAUCUUCAACGCCUAGAGGUUCUUGCAGGGAGCUACUUCUCUGUAGCUGGGGCCUUUAUCGGUUUGCUGAAGCCUGGUAGGAUGGGCAUGUUUGGGUCGUUGCUGCUGGUUUGGGGUCUUGUCAAAGAAGGGAUCUUGAAGAAGCCAGUUAAUACCGACCCAGCUAGAACCGUUUAUGUGUACCCGACCAUGGUGAUUGCGGUGAUCUGCGCUUUCUCUAUGAUAAAUUAUAACUUGAAGAAAGCCACGAGGGCUGCUGCUCCUGCUCGUCCCAUUGCUAAACCUCUCAUGAGCUCUUCGAAAUCUAAGCUCAAGUGAGUUUUUUUGAGACUUUUAGUGCUUGUGUCUUGUCUUUUUUUGCCAGUGCAAGGAAUGAAAAUGGCAUUGUCGUUGUUUUGUAUUCUCUCACUUACCUUUUGUGUUUUCGUUAUGUUCUGGAACUCUGCUCAGCUGUCAGUGUCUUUCAAUAUCAAACACAUAAACACAAA